AUGUUCAGUAUUCUUCGUCAUUUUAAAGUUAAAUCUGUUUAUCUCUAUCCCAUACCAAGAAGACUGAAAAGUGAUGUUAUACAAUUUAAAAUUGACGAUAUAAAAACUUGUCCUGCAUCAGACCCAAAUUUCAUUGAAGUAUUGCCAUCAUGGCCUGCGGAGGAAUCAGAAUUACGCUUAAAAGCUGUUGGUACUAUGAGGGUUUUCCCUAAUUUUGUAACCGAAGAGGAGGAAUCUGCGUUGCUUGCGGAAGUUGAACCACAACUCAAGAAAUUGAGAUAUGAAUAUGACCAUUGGGAUAAUGCAAUCGAAGGAUACCGAGAAACUGAACGUGACCGAUGGAGCGAUCAGAAUGCUGCGAUUUUGAGACGCAUUCAUGAAACGGCUUUCAGGCCUGAGACCCAAUUGCUUCCUCGAGCGCACAUUUUGGACCUAUCAGCUGCUGGUUAUAUCAAGCCACAUGUGGAUGCUGUGAGGUUUUGUGGAGACACCAUUGCCGGCCUCUGCCUUCUUUCAAGUGCAGUGAUGCGGCUGGUACAUGAAGCUAAACCUGACCUUCAAUUAGACGCUCUACUAGAACGUCGCUGCCUCUACGUCAUGAGUGGCGUAGCACGUUACGAGUUUUCGCACGCUGUCUUGGGUGGGGACGACAGCAUAUGGCGCGGGAAAAGGUUACCGCGAAAACGGCGAGUCGCCAUUAUAUGUCGUGAGCGGCCAAAAGAACAACGCGAU